GGGAAACAAACCCAGGCGGCGGUCAGCUGAUGCGCCGCCAGCGGGUCAUCUAUAGCCUCUCUGCACCAUGUCCGGCUGCGGGCGGCGGCCUCCCAGACCCGGUAUGGUGCCAGGCGGGGGGAUGGGGCAGGGGUGGGUGCUGGGGGUGAACAUGCCACCCCUGGGAUACGGCUUAGUGGCUCAGCAACCCCACAUGGCUGCCCCACAGCCCCACAUGGCUGCCCCACAGCCCCACAUGGCUCCUCACCAGCCCCUCAUGGCCCCACAGCAAGCAUGGCAGCAGCAGCAGCAGCAACACUUUAUGGCCCAGCAGGCGGGUCUGGCGGGAGCACCAAUGGGAGUGGCGACCCUCACACAGCAGCAGCAACAGCAACAACAGCAGCAGUUCCCACAGCACCUCCAGCAGCAGUGGAUGGAGGCACAACGGAGGGCGGCGGAGGAGCAGCGGAAGUACUAUGACCAGAUGAUGAAGCAGCGGCAGUUUGAUGAGCAGAAGAUGAGGCUCAAGGCGUUCAGUGCGUCAAAGAAGACCGGUGUAAGUGCGGACACCAUGAUAGAGAGCAUUUUAGGAGGGAAGGAGGCACCCAAGCAAAGAUCACCACAACCUGUUAAGAAGGGUGGAGGAGGGGCUGAGGAGCAGGGGGCACACACAGCAGCUACCACCACCAGUCAGGCACAGACGCCUCGCCAGGGCACUGCGGUGGACUGGAAGAAGAUGGAAAAUGUUAACUCUCUCUUUGCCUCCCCCAAGAAAACCAUCACCCCUGUCACCACCACCACCAGCACCACAGAACACCCUAUACACCCAGCCCAGGACACCACCAGCAACACACCCCUGCCAGCCCCUACUGUAGCCCCAAAUAACAUCACCCAACAAGCCCCUGCCCAGCCUGCACCACCUAUCACCAUGGGAGAUGUCGCUGGUGGGAGAAAGGAAGGGAAGAGUCCAGUUAUCCUCCCGCAGUGGCUGAAGGACUCUAGUGCAGUGCCUGAGGUGUAUAAGAGGGCAGUGGGGCUGGUGGCCAGGGCAGAGGGCUGGGUGGACACCAGUAGAGCCUAUAUGUUGUUGAUGAAGACAGGCCUCCCACCACCUCUUCUGGGAGUGCUGUGGGAGAUGGUGAACUGCACAGCGCCUGGACAGCUCACACAGGAGGAGUUUGUGGCGUUGUUGGCUCUUGUGGCGGUGGUGCAGUCAGGACAGCCCAUCACAGGCCCAGAUGUCUUGGCUGCCACCACUGAACCUCUCCUGCCCCUCAUGGAUCACCCUGCACUGGCUCCACUGGUCCAGGAUUACCUACAGACAAAGAAGCAACAGGCGGAGAACAACACACCACAGACAAACGACGAUGAUGAAUUUGAUGACUUUGUGAGCGUUACUGUUACAAGCACCACUGCACCACCUCAGGCUUCUGUAGUGUCACAAGGCUUCACACAGACAGCACAGGCAGCACCACAGCCAGCAGGGACUAGUGCGUGGCCUCAGGUAACAGCAGCAGAGGCCCAGAAGCCUGACGUCCCACAGAUUGACAAGAACAAAGCCAUGAACCUCCCAAAACUCGGCCUGUCACCUGAACUUUCCCCAACUGUGAGUUUCGACGAUGAUUUUGAUGAUUUCCAGAGUGCGUCCCUGCCUGGUGUUUCUCAGGUAAAUGCUGGUAGUGGCACAUCAACUACUACUACUACUACUACUGCUACUGCUACUAUUACUACAUCCACCCCUGCUGCUGCUCCUUCAGUCCUGCAGCCAGAGAAGCCAGGGGUAGCAGAGGAUAAGUAUGCAGUAUUCCGAGAGAUCACUGGACUGUCGGUGCAGGAAACAGUAAAUGAAGGUGAGAACGCAGACGACAGCUUUGGGGAGUUUUGCAGCAGUGAAGUGGCCAGUCUUAGCCUUGCCCAGAGCACCUCCUCCACACUGCCAAGCUUACUGCAGUGUCAGAGCGCGUCGGGAACCAGCAACACUUCUCCGAUUAGCUUUGAAGUCUACAGCACCCCUCCUGAGGCUCUUCCUGAUACGCAGACUUUCGAGGCAGAUUUCAGCAGUGCGUUUGCCCCUAAGCAGCCUGACAACUAUGCCGACAUCCACGAGGCAAUGAAGCGCGCAGAGGAGGAGCAGAAACGGAAGGAGGAAAACAGGUGGAGUGAUCCAUUCGGGGAGUUUGAGGAAGCUACUCCGCCAAGCAUCUCCGCUCCACCCGCCCCCGCUUCCAAUGGUUCAGGUGGUUCUCUGCCGCCGCCGUCGCUGCCGCCUGCUCUCUCUGUUCCUUGGCUCAAAGUAGGGAGUGGCGGGGAGGAGGAGGAGGAGGAGGAGGACUUCGGGGACUUCAUGGGGCCUACAGAGGGAGGAGGAGGACUGGGGGGGCUUGGUGGAGGCAGUCAGUCUUUGCCUCCUCAUCUGGAGAACCUUGGAGAGACACAGUCAGUUGCAAGCCUUGAGUUGCCUGGCCUGGAGAUGACAGUGGGUGUGGAAACAUCAGAUACUCUCGGACUUGGCUCCAACCACUCCCCCGACCUCUUCCUUCAGCCCAGGAGUGAUGUCGGGUGUCUGGACGAUCAGUUUGGUGGCCUGAGCCUUGACUCCUCGGCUCCACCACCCGCAGGAGGUGUGAAGGGCAGCAGUGGUGGUGGUGGUGGUGGUGGAAUGAACAACAACAGCAACAGUAGCAGCCUGGCACCCCAACACAGCACCACAGGACCAGCAGGGAGUGUGAUAGACUCUUACUGCAGCACUGGGGGUUUGGUGGACAAGUACAGCAUCAUCAGGGAGGAGGCCAGCAGGGACACACAGCCCCCCGGGGAGGCCCACACAGGGUCCUGGGAGAGGUGCCUGGAGGGGAGUGUGAAGCUGCUGGAGGAGGCUCACGGCAUCCUGUCCAGCCUCGCCCUGCCAGCCUCCCUCAAGACGCAGGUCCUCGCCACCACACAGAUGCAGGACUACCUCGCCAACGUGCAGGAGGUGUGGCUGGUGUGUGGUCGCAUCGGCAGCUCGAGUCGCAGGGUCACCACCAGCACCAGAGUGGAUGAGCUGCUGUCCCAGGCACGCUCACUCUGGGAGGACAUUCUGGCGGGGGCGGAGAAUGCUAUCGUCAAGCAGCCGGAGACAGACAGCAGCAGCGAUGAGAACGACAACCACAUGGGGGAGGGCGAGGUGUGUGGUGUGUGCUUGACGGGAGGUGGUAGCAGACUGACUUACGGUGGCCACUCGUACCACCCACCCUGUGCUAACCUGUGGCUGAACUGUGUGGACCUGCUACUGCCCUCCCUCACUCCUGUCACUCUACUCUGACCUAGCCCGGCUGUGUCCGAGGCUGCAGGAUAGCUUGCUGUGUAGGUGAGCUGUAGUAGUAGUAGUAGUAGUAGUAGUAGUAAAGAACCCAUAGUAGUAGUUGUGGUAGUGGUAGCUAUCAUUGUAGUAGUAAAUUAAUGUCUGUAAAAGUAGUAGUAGUGGUAAUAGUAGUUGUAGUAGUGGUGGUAGUGGUAGUUAUUGUGAUAGUGUUAGUUGUAGUAGUAGUAGAAAAUUGAUGUUUGUAAUAGUAAUCAUAUCAAAAGUCGUAGUAAUUGUAGUGGUAGGAACAAUAACAACAAAAAUUGGAGUCACAGCUUUAAAUCUUAGUUUCUGUGAAUUUGUGGGUAUUUGAGUGUCCAGCAUGGGGGAGUGAAGGCGCAGUGAUAGGUGAUGGGGUAAGCUUGUAAGGGUGAGGUGAGGCUGGGCUGGCAUUGGAGUUUGGGCUUUAUGGGUGUGCUAUGAGCUUAAGGAAAAAUGUGAGGCUGGGUAAUGUAUGCCUCUGUGUGGGUGAAUGAAAAGAAAGCACAAGAUGAUGUAUAAGUGUUGUUUAAGUCUAUUUUUCUGUUUGUAUAGUAGUGAUAAUAAGUGUACAUAUAAUUUAAGUCUUUUGUGUCAUUAUUAGUGUUUUUCUCAACUGUCUGGUCAUUGGUAUAUAUUUUGUCAGUGAUGCGUUAUUGUUUACUGUACAUUAAGUAAAGGGAGUUGCAAGAAGCCAUUAGGUCUACACAUGACAGGCCUAUGGAACAAACUUAUCCAUCUGUAUAUUUAUUUUUAUCCAUCUUGUGAUGAAAUAUUCAGACAUUUUUCUCUACGUAUGUGUGUGUGUGUGUAUCAGGCUGGUGUCCUUGUGAAGCUUUGACAGUGAGUAAAGAUGAGUUGUUUAUGGAACCCCCAGUCUCCUUCCUUUACUCUCCUUGCCUUUGUUGUUUCUACUUACCACUAAUGUUCUCUAUCUAGUCUAACCUUCCUCCCUCUUGUCCUUAUGAAGCUGUGGCAGUGAGUCAAGGAUAGUUGUUUUUAAAAUCUGAAUCUCCUUCGUUUUUUAUCCCUACCUUUGUUGCUUCUGUCUACCACUAAUGUUCUCCAUCUAAUCUAAUCUUCUGUUCUUCAUCCCUCACACUGCUUGUCCUUGUGAAGUUUUGGCAGUAAGUUGAGAAUAGUUGUUUUAAAAGCCUCAGUCUCCAUCCUUUUCUGUCCCUAUCCUUAUGUUGCUUCUACGGAUCAUGUCAAGAUUAGCGAACCCUCCAGCUCUCCUCGUUUUCCAGCUCCCCCUUCACAGCUCUUUCAUUCAGCUGACAUGAUUUAUGGAUGAAAAUAUAACCAAAACUAAUCUAACCCUAACUUUAACUUAACCUAACAUAACCCUAUCUUUAACUUAGAUUAGGUUAAAGUUAGGUUUAGGUUAGUUUUGGAUAUCAUAUUUUCAUUCACACAUCAUGUCAGCUGAGUGAAAGAGCUGUGAAGGGGGAGCCAGGAAAUGAGGUGUGCUCUUGACAUGAUCUGUUUCUAUCUACCACUAAUGUUCUUCGUCUAAUCUAACCCUCUCCAACCUCCCCCUACCUUCCCUCACACAACCACCCCUCACACUUCCUCUAUAGUGCCAUGUGAUCUCUGCAGUCUGGCACACUCUGAUCCUUAACCUCCUCAGUGCUGGGAUGCAUUUUUACCUUGAGUUUUGGUUAUGAUUAGACGAUUUUAUUUACAUUAGAAAGGGUUCAUGGAAGUCAGCAGAUUAAUGGCCACAGUCUUCACUAUUCUAAUCCCCACAUAAAUUUCUGAAGCUGUAUAAAAUCACUGUAUAGUAACCAGAAGGAAUAUGGAAACACCUCUUGGUACUAAAGGGGUUAACAUUAAUUUUAACUCAGUGUAGGAUGAAGAAUAGGAAGGAAGGAUGCCCAGUUAUCUCAUCUCAGCUCCCCACUUCUACUUUUCAAUGAAGUCAGGAGUGUAAAUAUAGAAUAACAUUAAAGAUUCUACCUAUAAUGUUUCUUCAGAGUAUUUAUGUAUGUAUGUAUGUCUGUACUAUAGUAUUUUAAGAGCAGUUAUAUUCGACUAAUGACAAAAGUAAUGUUCAUCUCUCGUUAAUUUGUAAAGUGUGUUUUUUUUUCUUUCUUUUUUUAAGUUUGAAUGGAAAAAGAAAAUGGAAAGUACAGGAUGAGACUUAACUUUCUUUUUUUCUCCUUAUUUUGUUACUUGUCUGUCUGUCUGUCUGUCUCUUUAUCUCAGUUUGUGUAUGUCUAUCUCUUUAUCUGUCUGUCUAUCUAUAUCUGUACAUUCAUCUAUAUCAGUUACCUUUCCUCUCUAUUUGUCUGUCUGUCUGUCUCUUUAUCUCUGUUUAUGUAUCUGUCUAUCUCUAUACCUGUCAGUCUAUCUCUUAUCAUCUGUCUGUACACUCAUCAUGUCAGUUAUCUUUUCUCUUUAUCUGUCUAUCUGUCUGGCAUAAUUCCAUCUCUGUCUAUUUGUCCUCUUUACCACUUGUCUGUGUCUAUCUCCAUCUGUCUACCUGUAUUUUCCUGUAAUAUACCCCAUUUCUUUACCCAUGAUACCUGUAAAUUCACCUGUGUUCCUCUUACCUAUUUAUCUACUUGUAUCUAUCAUUAGUUUGCUCUCUUUUAUAAUUUCCUCAUGUUUUUCACUCUUCAGUUAAGUCUGUAGUGUUCUGUUGGUGUUCUGUGUGUUCACCUGUGUUGCUCUUACUUAUCUAUAUCAGCGGUUUGCUCUCUUUUUUCUCUUUCUCAUGUUUUUAAGUAUUCAGUCAUCUUUUUUAGUGUUCUGUCCUUUGCAGCACAUGUAUGGCUUGUCCAGCACUGCUUUACCGUGUGACAAAAUACUCCGUCAAGAAGAACAAAUGAUAGAUAAGUCGUACUCAUUUUUGUACUUGCUCCUCCCCAAUCUCAGGAAUUUAUUUAUUUAUUUUCAUUUAUUUUCUUUGUUUUUUUUAUUAUUUUCAUUGUGUCUGAUGUAUAACACCAGUUGCCAAGUCUUGUUUCCUGCUAUUUUCUAUUCUUUGGGAGGUUAGGUUGGUGUGUGUUUUAUUUUACUUGUAUUUAUGUUUAUGGAGGCUUUAUUUAGUUGUAUAUUAAUUCAUUUAUUUUUGUUUUUAAGGUGUGGUUAUUUAUUUACCUAUUUAUCUGUUUAUUUUUUAUUUUUUUGGAGGGGUGUGUUUUGAUUCACAUUUUGCAUUUUUCCAUAGCUUUGAUAAUCCCUUUUUGUACAUUUUUUUCAUGGUCUACUUGGUCUGUGUUCCGUGAUUUUGUAUGAAGGUUUACUUAGGUCCAUGUCUUGCUGUUUUUAUGGCAGGGACAGAAUUUUAUAUGAAGGUUUAGUAAGGUCGAUGUUUUGCAGUUUUCAUGGCAGGGACAAAAUUUUAGAGUGACACCUUUACAGAAGCUCUCGCCAGUCCCAAGUGCUGCCCGGUGCACUCCCUGUCAGAGGAAUGAUUGAUAGGAAGAAAUGAUAACAAGAUAGAAGAUAGAAGGAUAGGAUGAUAGAAAGGAAAGUGCAACCCAUGUCAAAGUUAGGAUUGAUAGAAAGGAUGUGUGACAGGAAGGAUUUACAGAAAGGAUGGAUAAGAUAUGAUGGGAAGGAUGUGUGAUAGAAAAGAUACAAAGGAAGGAUUGAUAAAGAUUUGAUAGCGAGGAUGUGUGAUAGGAAAGAUUUAUAGAGAGCAUUGAUAAGAUUUGAUAGGAAGGAUGUGUGAUAGGAAAGAUUUAUAGAGAGCAUUGAUAAGAUUUAAUAGGAAUGAUGUGUGAUAGGAAAGAUUUAUAGAGAGCAUUGAUAAGAUUUGAUAGGAAGGAUGUGUGAUAGGAAAGAUUUAUAGAGAGCAUUGAUAAGAUUUAAUAGGAAUUAUGUGUGAUGGAAAGAUAAAUAGGAAAUUGAUAGAAUGAUUUGAUAGCAAGGAUGUGUGAUAGAAAGAUGUGUGCUAGCAAGUAUUAAUAGAAAUGAUAUGUGGGGGAAAUUUCUCUGUCUCUUAACAAAUGAAUGUGUAGUGACUGGCGGUGCUAUUGUGGAAAAUUUUAACGUGGUAUAAGAAGCGCAAAGAAAUAAGAAAGGAAAAGAAAAAGAAACUAGUGAACUAUUUAGACAGCAUAGGAGAAUGUGUUUAAAAUCAUAUACUUGAGAAAAGAAAUAAAAAAGUGGUGAAAAAAAGAAACUGGUGAGCUAUUUUGACAGCGUAGAAGAGUGUGCUAAAAUCUUAUACCAAAAAAAAAGAAAUGCAAGAGAAAAAAAAAAAAAUUGGUGAACUAUUUAGACAGCAUAGAAGAGUAUGUUAAAAUUUUGUACCUUAAGAAGAAAUGCAAGGGGAAAAAAACCAGUUAACUAUUAAGACAGCAGAGAGUAUGUUGAAAUCUUAUACCUGAAAAGGAAAUGCAAGGGGAAAAAAACUGGUAAACUAUUUAGACAGCAUAGAAAACUGUUAAAAUCUUAUACCAGAAAAAAGAAAUUCAAGGGAAAAAAAAAAAAACUGGUUAAUUAUUUUGACAGCAUAGAAAACUGUUAAAAUCUUAUAUGUGAAAAAAUAAAACUAUUACAUUACGACCCCUUAGUAACUCUGGUUCACUGCAUUGAAAGCUUGAUUUAUGUAUGUAUGUGUGUCAUUUGUACUACUAUUCAGGUUGUCACCUUACCAUAACAUUCCUCCCUGUACCUAAAUGUUUGUGUUAUGUACAAAACACAUUAAAAUAUUUUACUUUCA